GGCAGAGAGCUUCACUGCUCACCUCCUCUGAACUGGAACCCUCCCUCUAGCUCUUAAACAGAGCUUAAACCUACUCAUCCAGAAGAAGUGGGAUGCUGAAAGAAGCAUGAGGGAUGGAUUGCAAGGGUAAGACAGGGUUAGUUGGUUGAAGCUGUAUCAGAUGUGUUCCACUGUGGACUGAGGGACCUAAAACUAGCACCAUGAGCUUCCAAGGAGGAGUCUCUGUUGCAAAUGGCUCAAGCAUGGAGGAACCUGGUGACGAAAACAGAAACCAUGAAACCCGCACCACGUGUUCAAAAGCUUUGAGGACUAGGCUGAAGAGUACCGACCCAGCCUUGGAAGGAAGGUCAAGCAACAUGGAGCAGCUGGUGAGACCUCCCCUGCCUGGAAGAAAAGCACACCGAAAGACCGGUACUGAGGGCAACAGAGGACGAUGGAGAGAAGGAAACCCAGGAAGAAAUGAGGACAGACAAAGGACUGAACAUUUAGGAGCCAAGGAAAGAGAAAGACAAAGGCUAAGAAAGGUGGAAAGAGCUGAGACACAUGACGAGAGAGCCCAGGAAAAACAAGAAAGAGGAAGCACUGACAGUUUGUCCAGCAGUAAUUCGGAUGUUCAGUUGAGCAGCAUUUCGGAAGCUGGAGAACGAUCAAACAACUCACAGAGAGGACACGCAUAUCCUAAACCUCAGGGAAUUGGCUUUACCCGGACUACUACUACCAAUUUAAACUUUCAAUCAACUCGGCCUGCUAUCCAGUCCAGAUCCACACCUCUGUCACCACAAAGACUUCCAUCCAGGCCAGCAGCAGGAAACACACACAGCUACUCAUUUAAUGCCAGAGAUACAGAUCCGUUCUGGGUGGAGGUGAUAACAGGAGCUGCAUCUGAACAAUCAUCUCCAAACCAUCAGAGUCAGACUCACAACCCACAUGCCACCACCUCAGAACCAGAAGAAGACGAGGAUGAGGGGAAUGCGGAAGAUGAAGAGGAAGAAGGAAGUGGGGUGGUGGAGGUCAUGAGUCAAGCCAUCCCCACCGGAAUUCUGCUGCCCUCUGUUCCUUUUGGGGACAUGAGGAUGAGUAAAAGAGAAAAGAACAGGAUUAAAAGUCUGAGAAAGAGGCAGAGAAGAAGAGAAAAAUGGAGACAAAGUCAACAGCAGGACAGCAGACAGAGUUCAACAGGGAACCCAACGACCACCAGCAGCAGCAGCAGCAGUGAGGAUGAUGAGGCCGUGAGCAUGAGGGACAAAGAAGGUUUUAUCUGCGCCGUGUGCCUGGACGUGUACUUUAGUCCUUACAUGUGUCAUCCCUGCAAUCACAUUUUCUGUGAACCCUGUCUGAGGACACUGGCAAAGAACAGCCCCACUAACACCCCCUGCCCCCUGUGCAGAACAAUCAUCACGCAUGUCUUCUUCCAGAAGGAGCUAAACCAGACAGCAAGGACAUUCUUUCCAAAGGAAUAUCUUUCCCGGAAGCAGAUCUUCCAGAAAGCAAGUUGUGCGAAGUGGCCUCUUCCAAGCUGCAGAAAGCUCUUCCGCAUCUUUGGAGCAGGCUUCCAGCGACAGCCAACUCCCAUUACAAGACGGCAGUUUCCCCAUGGAGGAGGCUACCGCCUGGAAACCAUGGACUUCGAGGACGACUCUCGAGGUUGGCGAUUUGACAUGGACAUGGUUAUCAUCUACAUCUACUCUGUGAACUGGAUUAUCGGCUUCUUCAUAUUCUGCUUUCUUUGUUAUAUUUUUUUCCCUUCUUUUUGACGGUCAUAACAAUGAUUACAGGAGUGAAAGUCAAACAGAGAAUGUUGAAGACUGAUGAAGGAUAAGAUUAAUUGUAUGUAUUCAGGAAAAAGUGCAAACUGAGUUGUAGAGAUGAAAGAUGCAGAUGAAAAGGUGUGGUGGAGGGCAAACAUCUGCAUUGCAACUGGUGGAAGAUGGUUUGGGCCAGUUCUACCUGCCCAUCUGA